AAACAUGGCAACUAGAUCAGGAUGUGGUAGCAAACCAGGCAACAAAGGUCGGCCUACUCGCAAAGAUCAAUCAAUCGAUGUAACGACAUCAAACCAUGAAGGAAAUGGAAAUCGACUUAAUCGCAAGGAUAAGUCAAUUGAUGAAACACCAACAAACCUACAACUAUUGGAUUCCAAGAAAAACAGAAAUUUUGCUCAGCCUCACUACGCCAUAAGAAUGCCAGACAAUCCCGGCAAGCGAAGAAUAGAAGAAAAAUACUAUGAACUGACUGGAGAUAGGAUUGUUUUCGAGCCAGAGAUGAGAAAUAGGUUAGAAUAUAUGCGUCAGUUGCGACAACAUUACAAUAUGUUAGUCAACCGUACUGGUGUUCGAGUUAAUCCUACGACAGAACGGAUAGAGAUGCCUAAACCAUGGUGGGAUGAUCGAAUUGCGGAGGCUGGAAAAAAUGGAAAAUAUGUCCAAGUGUUGCAAAGCAAACCUCUUCCUUUUAAAGAGCUACUCGAUCAAAUUUAUGGUGAACAUGAUCUGGAUCAGGAUGAGCGUUAUUCGCCAUUCAUGCUCGGUGAACAUAUUCAACAAACGGAAGCUGAGGGAGAUAGUGAUGAUGGAACAACAGUGGGUGAAACAGCAGAAGAAAAUGGAAUCCAAACUCCUUUUGACUCAACUAGCCUUAGAGCUUCAGAUGAUGAAAUUCCCACUAGAGAGCUAGUACAACGCUCCCCACCUCGUGCAAAUAGAUCGAGUCUACGUGUUCACAGUACAUCUACCAAACGUACGAAUAGAAAAAGAGUCAAUUUCGAGACACAAAUCCAAAGUGGAUUUCAACGUAUGGAAGAGUCUUGCACAAGUUUACUAGAUAAGGCAAAUUUUGGUGAUGCUUUGGCUCUACUUGAAGCAUUAGAAGUUGAACCGAUGGGAAGAUUUUGGUGGGCUGCAAAUAGAUUGCUGAUGAAUGACGGGGAAAUCCAUGACGGAUUUAUGAAAUUACGAAGUGAAGAUAAUAAAAUUAGGUUCUUGGAGAGGCUAAGUGGUAUUGAUAGAUACGGUGAUCCAUGCCAAAUCAUCAACUUAAGAGAGACCUGCAACAUUCCAACGUCUUCUCUCCCAAUGUCUGAAUCCCAAAUGGCUGGAUUUAACACUAGUGCUUCAACAAGUUUUGGUCUGGGAUUAGAAAUGUUUGAAUCAAGAUCUUCUGAGAGUAGUUUUUCAUCUUUGCUUAGGGUUCUUGGAUCUAACUCGUUAGGCUUAACCUCUGGUUCUAGAGCUAGUUUAUUGAUAUUAAUGGAAGAAGAUGAGAUAUUGCAAGCUUACCUUUCCCAUGCGAUGGACUACUAUUGUAAAUUUUUCUGCAAAGAACCAAUUAAUCAAGAAAAGGGUGGAGGAUGGCGUAUGAUCCGAAAUCAGAUUUAUGAAAAAGAAAGUUCAUGUCGGACGUUAGUGCGGAUGAGCAGAGAGGCAUUUACACAUCUGUGUAGGCUACUGAAAGGCAGGUAUGGCUUACAAGACACACAUAGCAUAUGUGUAGAUGAGAGCGUUGCAAUCUUCCUUAUUCUUUGUGGGCAAAAUGAUACUCAAUAUGAUCUUGGUUUAGGAUUUGGACACGCACAAGAGACGAUAGGUCGGAAAUUUCAUGAAGUACUUGGAGCAAUGGAACGAAUGGCUGUGGAUUAUUUACGACCACAAAGCACUGAAGCUGGAACUUAUAUGAGAAUCAUUCAUGAUCAAAUUGCAAAGGACAUUUGGAUUAAAAAAACAUUUUAU